GCCUGCUCCCCACUGACCACCUCCCGGAGCCAGCAUGGCCGUGGCCGGCCUGGGGGGCUGGAUGCUCGGGGCCCUGCUCGUGCUCUCGGCCCAGGGACAGCCGUACACACCCAUCCACCAGCCGGGCUACUGCGCCUUCUACGACGAGUGUGGGAAGAACCCGGAGCUGACGGAAGGCCUCACCCAGCUGUCCAACGUGUCCUGCCUGUCCAACACGCCCGCCCGCCACGUCUCCGGCCAGCACCUGACCCUUCUCCAGCGCAUCUGCCCCGGCCUCUACACGGGCCCCAACACCACCUACGCCUGCUGCUCGAUCGAGCAGCUGUUGUCCCUGGAGCUAAGCCUGACGCUCACCAAGGCCAUCCUCACGCGCUGCCCGGCCUGCUCCGACAACUUCGUCAGCCUGUACUGCCACAACACCUGCAGCCCCAACCAGAGCGUCUUCAUCAACGUGACGCGCGUGGCCGAGCGGGGGGCCAACCAGCUUCCGGCCGUGGUGGCCUACACGGCCUCCUACCGGCGCAGAUUUGCCGAGCGGGCCUACGACUCCUGCAGCCAUGUCCGCAUCCCCGCGGCUGCCAGCCUGGCUGUGGGCACCAUGUGUGGCGUCUACGGCUCGGCCCUCUGCAACGCCCAGCGCUGGCUCAACUUCCAGGGGGACACGAGCAAUGGCCUGGCCCCUCUGGAGAUCAAUUUCCAUCUCUGGGAUGACGGCCAGGCCCCGGGGGAUGGGAUGAGGCCCCUGGAUGAGGAGCUGGUGAGCUGCAAUGCAUCCCAGGGAGAAGAUGGGGCAGCCUGCUCAUGCCAGGACUGCGCCGCAUCCUGCCCUGUCAUCGCCCGUCCCCAGCCCCUGGAUGCCACCUUCCGCCUGGGCCGCAUGGAGGGCGGGCUGGCUGUCGCCAUCAUCCUUUCCUCCGUCUUAGUUGUGCUCACCGCCUUCCUCCUACGAUCCCGUGUGUCCGGCUGCAGGCGCAAGGCCAGGACAGCGGAUGCCAAGAAGGGCGCAAGCCUGUCCACCCACACUCUCCUUGGCCGCUUCUUCCAGGGCUGGGGCACCUGGGUGGCCUCGUGGCCGCUGACAGUGCUGGGGGUGUCUGUCGCCGUGGUGGUGGCCUUGGCGGGGGGCCUGGCCUUCACGGAACUCACCACGGACCCCGUGGAGCUGUGGUCGGCCCCCAGGAGCCAGGCCCGGCGUGAGAAGGAGUUCCACGACCAGUAUUUUGGCCCCUUCUUCCGCACCAACCAGGUGAUCCUCACAGCUCCCCACAGGGCCCCGUACCGGUAUGACUCCCUGCUGCUGGGACCCAAGAACUUCAGCGGGAUCCUGGCCCUGGACCUGCUCCUGGAGCUGCUGGAGCUGCAGGAGAAGCUGCGGCACCUCCAGGUGUGGUCGCCAGAGGAGCAGCGCAACGUCUCACUGCAGGACAUCUGCUAUGCCCCUCUCAACCCGGACAACACCAGCCUCUCCGACUGCUGCAUCAACAGCUUCGUGCAGUAUUUCCAGAGCAACCGCACGCACCUGCUGCUCACGGCCAACCAGACCCUGAUGGGGCAGACCUCCCAGGUUGACUGGAGGGACCACUUUCUCUACUGUGUCAACACCCCGCUCACCUACAAAGAUGGUACCAACUUGGCCUUGAGCUGCAUGGCUGACUAUGGGGCCCCUGUCUUCCCCUACCUCGCUGUGGGGGGGUACAAAGGGAAGGACUAUUCUGAGGCAGAAGCCCUGAUCAUGACCUUCUCCCUCAACAAUUACCCUGCUGGGGACCGCCGGCUGGCCCAGGCCAAGCUGUGGGAAAAAGGCUUCUUGGAGGAGAUGCGGGCCUUCCAGCUUAGGACGGCUGGGAAGUUCGAGGUCACAUUCAUGGCAGAGCAUUCUCUGGAAGAUGAGCUCAACCGCACCACGGCAGAGGACCUGCCCAUUUUUGCCAUCAGCUAUAUCAUCAUCUUCCUGUACAUCUCCCUGGCUCUGGGUAGCUACUCCAGCAGGCACCGUGUGCUGGUGGACUCCAAGGCCACGCUGGGACUGGGUGGUGUGGCCGUGGUGCUGGGCGCGGUCAUGGCCGCCAUGGGCUUCUUCUGCUACCUGGGUGUGCCCUCCUCUCUGAUCAUCCUCCAAGUCGUGCCAUUCCUGGUGCUGGCUGUGGGUGCCGACAACAUCUUCAUCUUUGUUCUCGAGUACCAGGCUGCCGAGGAGGCCCGGGGAGCAGCCGGAGGAGCACAUCGGCCGAGCCCUGGGCAGAGUGGCCCCCAGCAUGCUGCUGUGCAGCCUCUCCGAGGCGAUCUGCUUCUUCCUGGGGGCCCUGACGCCCAUGCCGGCCGUGCGCACCUUCGCCUUGACCUCCGGCCUCGCGGUGCUCCUCGACUUCCUGCUGCAGAUGUCGGCCUUCGUGGCCCUGCUGUCCCUGGACUGCAGGAGGCAGGAGGCCUCCCGCCUUGAUGUCUGCUGCUGCCACAGGGUCUCCAAGCUGCCGCCCCCCGACCCUGGUGAGGGAUUCCUGCUGUGCUUCUUUCGUAAAGUCUACACUCCCUUCUUGCUGAACUGUGUCACCCGUGC